AUGGCCCCACCUCAACAUGGCCGAGCGACGUCUCCCUCUCCCGCUCCAGCCUCGUCACUCGACAUCGCGUCGACUUCCCAGCUCAACCUCGACGCCAUGCCCAGCACCAGCACAAGCACUCUCGCACAAUGCCACCACGAUUCGAAGCCGUCGCGCCCGUCACCUUCAGCAUCGCGUACGCGCCCGCUUCGUAUCCGUCGCGCACUCGCUUCCCUCGUCAUUGCUUCGACUCUUGCGUGCAACGAGGGCCUCGUCCAAGGCGCGACAGCCCUCGCGAUCCCGUCUCGAGGAGUCGCUGGGCAAGACGCUCAAGCGACCAGCAUCGCAGCAGGCGCUGCUGGCAAGGGCCAGGGCGGCCAUGAGUACCAGCAGGCAGGUCAGUAUGGCCAGCGCGAUGAGCGUGUAAGGAGGCAGGAAGACGAGGAAGCGCCGGUGCUCAAGGUUGGCAAGUUUACAAUCGAUGAGGGAAGGCCCGUACCGCCUGCUACGUCCAGCGGCGAGACGACCAAGACAAGGGCCGCAAAGGCCGCCGCUUCUUCUUCAUCGACCGCUCAGCCAUCGAAAUCGACUAGCUCCUCGUCGUCUGCAUCGAGCUCUACGGCCUCACUCACCCCUCCCGCAGGCCGCUGGGGCCAAUCUGCUUCCUACCUCGCGCACAACGAGACGAUCCUCUUCAUCGGCGGCGAAGUUUCCAAUGGCUCGCACACCAGCCUAACCAACGACGUCUUCGCCCUCAACGUCUCCUCGCUCCUCAACAACACCACCUCCGGUCCCGUGGACCCGUGGCAGAAGCUCAACUCGUCUGGCCUACCCGCACAUUCUUUCGCUGCGAGCGCCGUGGUGGCUAGCAACAGCACGGAGCACGUCUGGUUGAUGGGCGGCGAGACGGUCGGCUGCGAGGCCGCGGCGGCGUGGACUUGGACAGCAGGUGCUGACAUGAAUAGCACGUGGGCUGCGGUCAACGCGACCAACGCUCAGCGCAAAGCAAGGGCUCAGGCUGUCCAGCUGCCCUCUAGCAACAACUCGUCAUCCUCCUCCUUCCUCGUCCUCGGCGGCCGAGAUGUAUCUGCCAACUGUAGCAGCUCGAAGGCCAAGCGCCACUACAAUGCGGCUAACAUCAGCUCCUCAAUUUGGACCCUUCCGACUACCACCAACUCUACCUCGCACCGCUGGGCCCUCUCCGCACCUCAGAAUCGCAAUGUCACCGUUGCGCUGGGCAAUGGCGAGUUCAACAUGGCAGAGUACUCCACGUCUCCCCUUCCUUGGAACAACAAUGCCACGGCCUUCCUCGGCGGCCUCACCACCUCGGGUUCCUACGCCUCCCUGGCCAAGUUCUGGAGCUACGAGCCUGCCAACGCGACCUGGACGCAAGUCAACACGACGGGCGACAUCCCCAUGGGCAGGCGAGGCCACACCUCCACCCUCCUCAGCGACGGGCGAAUCGCGAUGAUCGGUGGCCUGCUCGAGAACGGCACGUACACCGACCACGUCUACUUGCUCAACGCGACUGCCAGCCCAGCCGUGUGGUCCAAGGCCAACUACACUGCCAAGGGAAGCAUGCCUGCCCCUGCUAAGGCAUACCACUCCACGGUGCGCGUGGGAGAGGUCCUCGUCGUCGCCUUUGGUGCUACGAACCCGACGAACUCGACUGCGGCUAUCGAGGAGCGAGGGGAGAGUUCGAAUGCGCUGGCUUCUUCGCUCUUCUACUUGGACACGGCUUCAGACGGUGGAUGGGGAUGGCACGACAGCAUUCAGGGCGUACUUGCUGCACGUGGCGUGAUGUAUGCUGCGGCUAAAGACCCCUCGGCGGUUAAGAAGACGGGUGAUGCUGAGGCGGCGGAUGAAAAUGGAGAUUCAGCAGCCGCUACGGCGUCAGCGUCAGCAUCUGCAUCCACCUCGCCAUCUGCAUCAGCUCAAGCAUCACCCAGCAUCGCGGCUUCCGCUGCCAUCACGGCCUCCAACUCCCUCAAGCAGGCAGCCAACGUUGCUUCGCCCACUGUCGCCUCGCCCUCUGCCACCGCCUUAUCCGACGCUACUGUUUCCGCUCCCUCAGCUUCGAGCACGGCUGCCCCCGAAGAAGACGAUGCCUCUGCAUCGGUGUUCCCGAGCGCAGACUCGGCGACGGCGAGCAUGGCUACCGGCAGCGAGCUGGCUCCUUCUGCGUCUCUACCUCCAUCUCCCUCUCCUUCGGCAGACGGCGCCAGCUCCACCGAAGCUGCAAGCAAGGACGAUCAGGCAGUCGCUACCGCUAUCACCUCUGCAGCCAGCGUGGCGACAAGCAGUGUCGCGACCAGCAACAACAAUGGCGACCUCAACAACUACGGUCCAUCUUCCUCCUCUAAUGCGACCCGCAACAACGCCAUCGCCGGCUCUCUUCUGGGCGCCGCAGCCCUCGCCGCAGCCAUCGGUGGCCUCUACGCCUACAAGUCGCGCUGCGAAGCUCAGAAGCACGGCAAGGAGCAAGCUGACAAGGAGGCCAACGCCGGUGGCCGCGGCGGCGAUGAUGGGCUGACUGCCCCUCCCGUCUCUGCACUUUGGUUCAACAAUCUGCGACGUAAGGCUUCUCGAACGGGCACGAAUGGCAGGGUGGACGAGCCCUUUGCUCAAGGUCGAAUCGAUCCUUUCCGUGAUCCUAUUGGCCUCACGCCCAACGUGAUGCCCGCUGAGAGGCUCUCCUUCUCCGUUCCGCAAGAUCACCUUCCUCCGCGCACCCUGCGUGACUCACUGGCAGCUACUGCGAGCCCGAUGGGUCGCUUUCCCGACUUCGUCAAGGCGGGUAUGCCGAACAAGUUCGCCAAGACGCCACAAGAUGCAAUCGUGCCCGCAGAUGGUCUUGUGAGCCCGCGUCUGCCUGCUGGAGGCGCCAUUGCCGCCGCGGCUGGUGCUGGUGCUGCCGGCAAGCGUGCUGCUUCUGCCCCUCGCCCGCAACCCCGAGCCGUAUCCCAACGCUAUCUCGACCUGGACUUUACGCCUCAGCAACCCUCCUCAUCCCUCUCCUCACCCUGGGCGACGAUGGCUGACAGCAACCGCAGCAUGGAGGACGUAAGCGACGGGGAGGCGAGCCAUCGCUCUUACCCGUUCCUGGCCGCCGUUCCCCGUGGCAGCGAGAGCGGUGCAUCGGGGUACGCGCCCAACACGCCAUCGACGCUUUGCAACGAGAUCACUCCUUCCGGGUACGCGGCCGGUGGCACGCCCACGUUCAGGGACCCCUUCGCUGACAGCUCGAACGGCAAGCGUCGCGUCUCUGAGCCUACCUCGCUAAGCCGUUCGGGCUCGAGCGUCUACUCAUGCCCCUCGGCUGACGGUGAGAUGGCCAACAAGCGUCGCCGCAGCUUCGGUGUUGCGAGAAAGGGCAGUGCGUUCGGCUACGAUGCGACUUACCUGGGCGUGCCGGCCUCGGAUGAUCGUCGCCGUAGCAGUGCUGGCAGGAGGGGCCCGCUGAGAGUUGCCAACCCUGAGGAGGUACUCGAGGAGGAGGAGACGGACGCUGAGUGA